AGCUUGCUUCCCUAUGUCACCAGUGGCCUGCUCCUCCCCGGGACGCUCGCCUCGCUGCUUCCUUCGCUUUAUAUAAGGCGCCACGCCAGUGCCGGGUAACCUACUACUGUACUUGCAGCAGCAGCCGCCGCCGCCGUUUUUCCACUUGCCACACCGUUAGAGCCGCCGGCAGAGCGAGGCGCACGCGCUAGUCGUAAAGACGCGGCAGUACGCUGCCAUGGGAGGAAACGGUGGCGACGGCGACGGAAGCGCGACGCCACCUUGGGACCUCGGGAUGCACUGGGCGCCCACCGCCUUGGAGUACCGGCAGCCCUUCCUACCACGCCCGGGCGCGACCAGCCAGCACCAGUAGGAGCCGACCUAGCUCAAACUAGAGAAGCGGCCCUGCUGCUGGGCCGGGGCCGCGGGUGAUCAAGUGGCGCAGGCGGGUACGGGCCCGCAGGUACACGGGACUGCUGCAGAGGGUAAGAGGAAGGAGAAGGCAGCGGCGGCGGCCGCCGCCGUGCCGAGGUGCCAGGUGGAGGGGUGUCACGUGGCUCUUGCAGGCGCGAAAGAGUACCACCGGCGGCACAAGGUGUGCGAGGCGCACUCCAAGGCGCCCCGGGUCGUAGUGCUCGGCGCCGCGCAGCGCUUCUGCCAGCAAUGCAGCCGGUUCCACGCGAUCUCGGAGUUCGACGACGCGAAGCGGAGCUGCCGGCGGCGGCUGGCCGGGCACGACGAGCGGCAGCGGAAGAGCAACUCCAUCGAGGCCAUGGCCAGGGGCGCCUCGAACCCACUCGGACUCACGGCCUUUGGCCACGGUGGUUUCCCGCCGCCGUGCUGCCUCCCGGCGACGUCCCCGGCUGGUGCUCUCUCUCUUCUGUCAUCGGCCAGAGGCGCCUCCCCCUGGCUGAUCCCUGCGCCUGACGUCUCCGCCCGCUCCAGCGCUGCGCUCGACGAGCUCAUCGCCGAGAACCGCGCCGCCCUGCUCGCGUGGCAGUUCUUCUCCGACCGCCGGCUGGCCCAGUCCACGGGCCGCGCCCCAGCCGAGAUGGCCGCCGUUCCGCACGCGCACAUCCUCCAGGCGUCCGCGGGGCACGUCACGCUCGACCUCAUGCAGGCACCCGCUUCUGGCGCGCCGCUCCGGCCCGUGCCCGGCAGGGCCGCGAGCCCCCCCAACCCCAAGGACGGCGACGCGGGGUGCAGCUCGGAAGCGUGGACGCCCGUGGAGGGAGCCCGCGUGGUGUGAGGCGCGUUGCACGCACGCACGCACGUCUCUUCGGCGCGCGCUCCAUCGCGCGACAAUGCUUGGUCGGUCGUGGGAGCUCGGCAACCGCAAGGCGCGUUCGUGCGUGCCCGGCACCCUGGCUUGCGGCUGGAGCAUUGGUCGUUGUGUCCGUGCAAUCAACAUGAGAUGGACCAUAACGUAUUGUCCGGUAGUGGCCGGGUGUGCGCCAUGUUCCCCAAUGUACUAGCUAUUGGUAAUUGUUUCACUGUGCUUUUCUGAAUUAAAAUGUUAGAAUACUAAUUUUCCUUUUGGGUGAUCACGUGAGACGAAAUGCUGUCGUUCCUUGUUCUCCUUGAGGGGCACAGGGCAGGUGAAACUGAGCCGAAGUUGGCAGUGCCCAAGGUCUCAACAGUAGACGUGACAGGUAUAUAUAUACUCCAGUCUCGGAUACACCGGGUAAGGACAGACAGCACGUCAUCACAAGUUAAUACUGCACGAUUAUAUCGCCAUGGCAUGCAUGGCGGAGAACAGAGAGUACCAUAUUGUAAUCGGCACGACACAGCAGAGUUUGGAUCGAGCCACUUGAUGAUUAUUCCGUGACAGUUACCGGGCAUCUUCCAUCUUCCGCUGCCGUUGAAGCUUCUCCGUCAUGACAGUUCGUCGGGACUCAAUCGGAACCUGCCGAUCUGACCUCAUCACUACACCCCGUUGGCUUUUAGAAGACAGAUGCGGUCAGUGCGCAUCAGAUACUCCGGAUCCUCUCGGCGGUGGCAAUGUCAGGCGAGAUGUUUGUUGGUGUCAUGUCAGGCGAGACCUCUUAAUCCAGGUUAGCUAGGUACAAGGAAGGCCAUAUUAUAUUUUUGCUAAUAUAGGGGAGAGAAUGAAUGAAGAGAGAAACUAGAUAUUGAUGAGUAGACAUACGACUCAUUAAAUAUAAUGAUAUUAGAGUCUAUUAUUGU